GCCUCGCCCUGGCCGCCCCCCGCCCCAAGUCCUAGUUACAGUUAGGGUUGGUGUGCGAGCGCGCGCGCCGCGUGUGUUUUCCUCUGCAGUGACAUUUUCUCCAAAUCAAAAGAAAAUGAAGUGUAAGUUGAGCCUUGCUGCAGGCGGCCCUGGAUCUCGGCUUUCAGAUUGGGGGUUCGGGAGUGGGAAGCUCUGGGCUGGGCGAUGCUACACCCCGGGGGUCAGGGUGGGGUGCGCAAGCGAGCGCCCCAGGACUGGCCAGCCCCGCCCCAGGGAAGUCGAGGAACGAGCGCGGCCGACGCCCGGCUGGUUCAAGUGCGUUUGGGGUGGACGCGGCAGCUCCCGGAGCGAGUUCUCCGCUGCCCAGCCCCCACCCCCGGGUCCGGAGUUCAGCGUGCACCGCUGCCCUGGGCGCCCCUCUCCGCGGGUCCCUCAGCCCCGCUGGGCCGCCCGCCUGAGGCUCGAACCCUCGCGCCUCGCUCUGGGUGGUUGCUGAGGGGCGCGGGCGGGCACCUGGUUCCCGCCGUGCCCUGGCGCGGCCCACGCCCACGCUGGGGGGGAGGUCACCCCCGAGCCCAUCGUGGAAGCUUCACCCGGGGAAGAAGCCCCAGUCCGCUCCGCGCUGUUCCGAGUGGCCGCUGGACCCGGCAGGAAGCGGCUGGAACGCCCGCGCGCGCCCUUGCCGCCGGCCUUGGCUUUGCUGACGAGAGCGGCUCCCGCGCCCGUCUCGCCUCCCCUCCCCCACGGGCCCGCGCAGGAGGAGACUUGGUGCUUGUAUGAUGUUGCUCGGAGCUCACAUUUCGGGCUGAAGUUCAUAAGUCCUUCAAAAAGUAUUUUCGCAAGUAUGGAAACAUCUCAACUAUUAGUUUUGACUCUCUCCAGCUAGAUCCGUGAGUGUGGUUGUUUUCCCUAAUUUUUAAAUAAGAUUAAUGUAACCCCUUCAAGGAUUGGAAUGGAGAGAAGAGGAUUUCCAAGUCUAUCUAAAAUUGUACAAUAAAAACAUUUGUGUCAAGAAACUGGGGGACUUACACAUUUUAAUUGAAUGUAAAAACAUGUUUUAAAGUGGUUCUGCCAAGCCAUUUGUCCCUCUUCAAAAAAAUUAAAAACUCAGACACUAUUUUUAUCCAACAGAAGUGGGGUAGUCAAGCAUACAAAUACUAUCAGUGUAACAUUCGGUUCUGUAAAGGUAGUAGAUACUCUUAAUGUAUCCUGACGAAAAGGGAAUAUUCUCGGCCAUUUAAAUGUUUGAGGGAUUUGAGAAGAAGUUUGUAAAUGCAUUUUACCACUGAAAUCUAGAGGGAGGACCAUUAAAAUGUACCAGCAAUUAUAUGCUAAGUUGCAGAAGUGUUUUUUAAUAGUUUUUUAAACUUUGAAAAUCUUAUGUGUGUUUUAAUUAGUACCUUUGUUUUAAAUGUUACAUAAGUUAUACGAUAAAUAAAAGUAUUGGAAUUUGUUC